AUGCAUCUGUGGAGAUAUAAGUUAUCAAUGAGAGGCUACAGAGCCAUGAUUUUACAACACAUGAUUUUCUGCCUUCUCCUGAUACACAGAGGUGCUGUCUCCUUUCCUAAAGUCACUGUAAUAAGUAAAAACAGCAGUAAAGUGGUGUUACAGUGUGAGUCUGCAGGCUGGUAUCCAGAGCCUGAGCUGCUGUGGUUGGACGGUGAGGGAAACCUCCUCUCUGCUGGACCUACAGAGACCCUCAGAGGUCCUGAUGACCUCUAUACUGUCAGCAGCAGAGUGACUGUGGAGAAGAGACACAGCAACAACAUCACCUGCAGAGUCCAACAGAGGAACACCAACCAGAGCAGAGAGACACACAUACAUGUUCCAGUCCCAUCCUGGUCUUUGAAAUUGGUCUUGGUUCCAGGCUUACUCGCUGUGUUUCUGAGUGUUCUACUGACCAUUCACAGAUGGCGAGUAAGGAUUCUUGAACAUGCUGAAAAAGAGGUGAUGCUCAAGAAUCCAGAUGUGUAAACACCACAAGGAACAGCUUUGAUAGAAAACCACACAAACCCAGAGGGGCAAGAACUUCAGAUCAAGUAAGAUCAGGAAGUGGAGCUUCUGAAAUAUCUGGAGGAAGCAGGGGAGCAGCUGAAGAAGCUACACAUUUCAAUGACAGGAAAACAGGCUGUGAGAAAGAGUUUAUGUGAAUACAGUGACUGUCAUUGUCAGUAUCCCUGAACAAAGCACCUGUGCUUAAACAGUCUUCACCAUGGCUUUAGUCUAUCUGUAUGUAUUUCUAAAUGGCAAUAACUCAACUCAGUUCAUCUGUGCAAAUUGGUUAUUACAUUUCUUACUGUGUUAGAUGACCUGUAGUAUCUGAAGUUUCAUGUGAUGAGGUCAUGUAAUCACUUUUAUUGCAUUAUAGAGAGUGGAUAUCGUCAAUAUUUUCAUCUGAGACAUGCAGUUCUGACCAUGAGCACAAAAGGUCCCAUUACCAUUCAAACCAGUCAGUCAGACAAAAGUUGGCUUAUAGGGAGAGGAGCCAAGAAAAGACAGAAGAUGAACUGAAAUGUCAAACUGAGGCUUAAAAACAAAGAUAAAUAAGUAUUAUUUUGAACUGUGAACCAUCCGAAGCUGCUUAGGAGUCCAAGAAUAAAACAUAUUGUCUUGGAAACAAGCAGAAUAUGCUCCAUUUCCCAUUCCAGUGCAUUAUUGUAACUUUGUAACUACUUUUCUGGUUGUAGACGCACCAUUUCAGAAAAACAGCUACUUUUGGUAGGUCUCACCCAAAGUCACAGACUGACAAUCCUAGUGUAGCUAAUUUUGCUUUAAAAUGGCCAAUCCGGAGCGAUGAGCCUCAGGAUUGGACCAUGUCCAUGGCCAUAAUAUAGGAAGUAAAAUUAAAAUCACUGUAGAAACCUCAAAAGACCCAAAAUGUUUUAACCUUACCUAGGCAACCAAAGAAGGGCUUCUUACCUUCUUACCUCUAACCUGCAGUUGAUGACUGUCACUUUCAUCAGCUGUUAAAUUUGCACUGAGUCUAAUAAUCUGUGAUAGCUACAAUGCUAAAUCAGAAGCAGCACUUUUCUGUGAGGCACCAUUCAUAAAGGUCUUCUAUUGGAAAGAGUUUUUAUAAUGAAUUUAAGAGUCGAUCUGAUUAAUAAGAGCUAAACAACAUAGUUUUAAGGUCUAAAUAGGCUAUAUUUAUAUACAGUCAAAAUCAAGAAAACUUUAUUUGCAAAUGAGGCAGCACAUCUGUACAAUAUAUAAUCUGCAGAUAAAUAAUAAGUAAACAGUUUUAUUUAUUCUGGUUCUCUUUGUGUUGACCUAUUGUUAAUUGUUGUGACAGUCUUCCUUUUUAACUGCAUGCACCUCUGUUUC